GACGCCUUUUUCAGAGUGAAUGCUGUAUCUAUAGCUAAAAGCCAUCCAAAUUCUAAAACAAAAAUAUCGAAAAGCGGAAAGCAAUCAUCAAUAUUCUAUAGUUAAAGUUUUCAAGUUCUUUUGUGGCCCAGUCCGCACCCUUUCGAGUCCUUCUUAGUGCCAUGGACGGUGGUGGAGAUAACCAGCGAGCGGUGAGAUUCCUCCGCAGCCAGGAACAGCGCCAACGUCUCCAGGCUCAUCGCCUGCGUCGUGUCGUUCCCUAUAAUAUCGGAGGGGUCCCUCUGGCAGCUCCUGAACCUGCUGCUGCUAACCCUGCCGCGGGUCCAUCGACCGCUGCCGCCAACCGUCCGGCUCCGGUUCCCGCACUCGGACAUCCUGAUCCAGCCAACGCAGUCCAAGCUGGAAUCCUUGAAAUGCGGAUGCAAGCGCUAGGUAUAGGCGAUCUUGCUGACGACUCUGGUUUCGAGUCUGGCAGUGAGGGUGAAUAACAGAAAUUCAAAUGUUGGUUUAAAAAUUUACCUUACACAAUAAAUUAAUACAUUUUUCAAGAGCAGCCGAACACAGUUGAAACAAAAAUGCUUUUGAACUAAAUGUUAAUGUAUAAUUAAAUAUUAAUGUGACAACUUACCACGGCCAGAGGGUUUUGAUUCCAUGGAUAUCUUAAUAAAACACUGCUCGGUUUAGUUUA